GUAACGCCAAAAGCACCCUCACAGUUUAACGGUUUAGCUUGUUUCAGGUACUCGCUCAUUCUCUCUCAAGGGGAAUCUGCGUCUUCUAUGUCGUCAACGAGCAAACCCAAAGUCUGAGCCUUGUGACUGGUUGGUUCAGCAUUGACAAUGGAAUCGAUAGUUAAAAGAUUUCAGUCAAAAUUCAGAAAAGUUAGGGAAGAAAUGAAUCAAUGGGAUGAACUUCAAUCUUGCUUAAUUUCACAGUUUAGGAAUGCUUCCCAUAUUGUUGAUAGGUUGCAGGUGCUUCAAAAUUCCAACAAUUAUGGUGUUCUAAAGUGUGUUAUUGGCUUGGGAGAUGCUAUUUUAGAAAAGCAGAUUGAAUCUUUCAGGAACAUUUUGGUUUCCAUAAGAAAGACUUUGGAAGAAUUUCAUUGUAUUGUUUUAUCUCUGGACAAAAUUCACCGUGAUAGUAGACAACUAGUGAAAGGCAGUUCUAAUAUGACUGUGAAACAACUGCAUCAGCAAGUUGGCGUCAAACCUAGUCUGAUUUAUUGCUUGGAUAGCCUAAUGUUUAUACAUGAGAUAUACAACUCUGAGUAUUUGUUAAAAUCAUCAGUGAUCUCAGCACUAUCAGAAAUGGCCUUAAAGCCCAGUGCCAGUGAUCUUGGUGCACUUCAGCAACUCUUGGUUGAUCAACCCAAUCUCAAUACUGAGGAAGUUCAACUUGUAUUUGACAAGAUAUUUGCUGAAGAAUUGUGUUGAUGAUCCUCUCUAUCAUGGACAUUGACUAGGGGCCGGGGAAUGCUUGAGUUUUUAAUACAUCAAGGGAACCUUUUGAUACUACUGGCAUGAUUGUUGAUGCAGAAUCUUAUAAUUUUUGUUAUUCUUAUUUAAGGAUUUGACUAUAUUUUAGAAAUUUUAUCUUUAUAAAAUGAUUUUUUAGGAAUAUAUUGUUAUAUUUCAGAUUUCAAUUGGAUUUGAUUUGAUUA